GCUGAAUGUGCUCCGUUUCGUCGUCCGAGUCAGAGCUGAAUGAACGGUGCUCCUCGCUGGCAAUUCCUUGAAAGUGAACCAUGUCAAACUGUGCAUCCACUUCUGGGGCCUCGUGCGCACGCGGAGCAUCACCGGAGAGAGUUAUUUAGGUUUCGAAGAAACGUAGAUUACACCUGGGAAUUUUGGAUCCCUGCAGGCUCCUCUAGAUUCAAGGCACGCCCUGGAGAUCAGUAUGGGACGUCAGUAAUCUAAUGGAACCUUCGAGACCUUCUAGUAUCUCAUUUAGGUUGCUUGUUCUCACUCAUGUCACAACAGCUCGCUGAAAGUGGCUUUUGAAGCUUUGAGCACGGGGGGAAGAAGCGAGCUUGUCAGCAAUUUUGAAGGUUUGUGAUUGUGAAUCCGAAAUUCGGCGACAUGGGCAACUCAAGCGGGAGGCCGAGAGAUAGUCGGAAGGGUAGCGGUGGGGGUUCUCAGGGAGGGUCGUCGCAGGGUAGUUAUCCGAGGAAUGAGGGCAGCUAUCCGAGGGGCAGUGGCCACGGCGGAAGCACACAACCAAGGGGAUGCAAUCAGGGCGGAAGCACUCAGCCUAGAGGCAGCAAUCAAGGCGGAAGCACCCAGCCAAGGGGUGGCAGCCAUGGCAACGCCGGUGGUUACAGACAAGCACCAAAGUAUACUCCACCUGUUCCUAAGCCCAAGCCUGUCGCGCCGGGAUUCUUAGGGAAGCCUCUGUCGGACAUCUUGAAUUCAUACACGCUGGGUAAGGAGCUCGGCCGCGGCGAGUUUGGGGUGACUUACACCUGCACCCACAAGGACACGAAUGAAGUUUACGCAUGCAAGACCAUAGCCAAGCGGAAGCUCACACACAAGGACGACAUUGAGGAUGUCAAGCGGGAGGUUCAGAUCAUGCAUCAUCUCUCGGGAACUCUCAAUAUUGUCACACUGAAAGCGGUAUUCGAGGACAAGCACAAUAUACACCUCGUGAUGGAGCUGUGUGCGGGCGGAGAGCUUUUCGAUCGCAUCGUUGCUAAGAAAUGUUACAGUGAGCGAGCUGCUUCUGAUUUGUGCAGGGUCAUCGUGAACGUUGUGCACAGGUGCCACUCGUUGGGCGUGUUCCACCGGGAUCUGAAGCCCGAGAAUUUCCUGUUCACUAGCAUGGCUGAGGACGCACCUCUGAAAGCCACAGAUUUUGGUCUUUCGACAUUCUUCAAGCCUGGCGAGAGGUUCCAGGACCUUGUGGGAACUGCUUACUACAUCGCCCCCGAAGUCUUAAGAAAAGAUUACGGUCCCGAAGCCGACGUAUGGAGCGCUGGUGUUAUCUUGUAUAUCUUGUUGUGUGGAGUGCCACCGUUUUGGGCGGAAACGGAGAAAGGGAUUUUCGAUGCGAUCAUGCGAGGGACUCUUGACUUCACGAGCGAUCCAUGGCCGAGAAUUUCGGAUGACGCUAAAGUCCUAGUGAAGGGUAUGUUGAACCCCGAUGUGAAUGCGCGCCUUACGGCCCAGCAGGUGUUGGAUCAUCCAUGGAUGAAGGAGGAUGGCGCUUCCAAUGCGCCACUUGACAAUGCAGUGUUGACCAGAUUGAAGAACUUUUCUGCUGCCAACAAGAUGAAGAAGCUGGCACUGAAGGUGAUAGCCCAGAAUCUGUCGGAAGAAGAGAUCGCAGGGUUGAGGCAGUUGUUUAAGUCCAUAGAUGUCGACAAUAGCGGGACGGUGACCCUUCUGGAGCUGAAAGAAGGUUUGAUAAAACAGGGUAGCAAAUUCUCUGAAUCGGACAUUGCCAAGCUGAUGGAAUCAGCUGACUUAGAUGGGAACGGGAAGAUUGACUUCAACGAGUUCAUCUCAGCAACAAUGCAUAUGAACAAGCUCGAGAAGGAAGAUCACCUGUUCGCCGCAUUCCAUCACUUCGAUCGGGAUAACAGUGGGUACAUCACCGUCUUUGAACUACAGCAAGCACUGGAGGAGAAUGGUGUUGGAGAUUACGAUACAAUUCAAGAGAUCAUUGAUGAGGUGGAUACAGACAACGAUGGGAGAAUAGAUUACGACGAAUUCGUAGCUAUGAUGCGGAAAGGCAAUCCUGGUGCAGAAGAGGGCGAGAAACAUAACCAUAGACAUAGGUACUAGCUCCAAGUUUUAGGUAACCAUGAAUUCUAUGCCUCAUUUUCAUUGUUAAAAUUCUGUAGCGUGAGGCACCGGCUUCUUUAUACAUGCGUUGGAGACCAAAAUUUGUUAAUGUAGUAAACCUUGUUCAUUUAAUAUGGACACAACCUCGUUCAGCAGCAAUUUGCAACUA